ACGUUCUUUUUAUCCUAUACAAUCUUGGCGUCAAUGCUGGGCAUGCUUCAAUUCGGUUACAAUACUGGAGUGAUAAAUGCACCCGAAGGGAACAUAGAGAAGUUCAUCAAAGAUGUGUUUGAAGAUCGAUAUAAAGAAAAUAUGGACCACGGGCAAGCUGAGUUACUUUACUCGUUUGCGGUGUCCAUUUUCGCCAUCGGUGGCAUGUUAGGUGGCUUCAGCGGCGGCAUCAUCGCCAACCGUUUCGGCAGACAAACAUUUUUAGAGAAUGUGCUUGCUCUGAGGAGGUUACGUGCUACCAAUCAGAUUGAAGAAGAUAUUGAAGAAAUGCGUGCAGAAGAACGUGCUCAACAGUCUGAAGCUACGAUAUCCAUGAUGGAAUUAGUAUGUUCACCCACUCUAAGACAACCACUUAUCAUUAGUGUAGUCAUGCAGUUAUCGCAACAGUUGUCCGGCAUAAAUGCCGUGUUUUACUAUUCAACUAGUCURUUCAUAACUGCCGGUUUGGCCGAGAACGUUGCUAAAUUUGUAACAAUAGGGAUUGGUGUAAUUAUGGUGAAUAUGACGCUGGUGACCAUGCCAUUGAUGGAUAAAACUGGUCGAAGGACAUUACAUCUUUACGGUCUGGGAGGAAUGUUUAUAUUCUCAAUAUUCAUUACGAUAUCAUUGUUAAUCACAGUAAGUACAGCUGACGCCAAAAUAUGUACCAAAUGCAUUAACUUGUGUGUAACAGAUGGCCCAAAUGUAAUAUUGUGUUUUUUUUAUUUAUUGUUUCAUGGCACUUGCACAUAUACAGCACCAGUACAACACUCUCCGACGGACCAGGAGGUGUGUGCUGUAUGCGUCAACACUGGCAGUUCCCUCAUGAUGACGUCUCCGAACGUAACUCGCCGGUCGAGUCACACGCUCAGUAAUCAUGUUUGCCAAAUGGACUAGACCGUUGCGUUAUUCUAUGAUAAUACAUAAUUAUUAAAUGCAUAUUAUUAUUAUUAUUAUUAUUAUUAUUACGAAUAAUAAUA